GUUUAGCAAAUAUGAAAAUUACAGUAUCAAAAGUCCUUGUGCUUGUUAGUGGGCUAGUUGGCGUUAUAUUUUAUUGGUUGGCUGUCAUAAAUGAAUAUUGGCAUACUGAAUCAAGUGAUAACAACGUGUCUCAAUCUCCAAAAGAUGUAUAUGUAAGGAUGCUGAUAAUGUUGAGGGGCUGCGGUUGGUUGCUUAUGCCUGCAUCCUGGUUUAUGAUGAUGUUAUCUUACUGUAAACUACACAAAGACUCAACAAUGCUCACCCUUCCAUAUUGGUUAAAUAGGUCCGCUAUUGUUAUAUUCAGCAUAUAUGCUGUGUUUGGACUAUUGGAAAUGUAUAGGUUUUGUGAAAAUAUUGGGCUAUCUUGGUUGUGCUUUUUUGAUGUGUGCAUGGUGUUCACGAUCUCCAUGAUGUACUGGAACAUACAUCAUGAUGAAAAGAUAGAAAUGAAGAAAAAAUAAUAGACCAUAUCAAAGAUAAAUGACACAACAUAGCCAUUUUUUGAAAAUGUUACAAUAGCCUUAAUUUCCUGUAUUUAAUAUUAAUAUUUAUAAGUAAUGAUUGUUAAGUUUGGACUUCUACUUAGUUAAUAUAUUAGCAAUACAAAACCUGUUUGUGUAUAAAACAUGUAUUUAUCUUCAUUUUAAGCUGAAUAUUACUUAUUGUGCUAUACAGAAAUGACCAGUUGUAUACAAUAUUCUUGCAUUCUAAAGCAACAAUUGUUUGCAAGUCUAAAUGUUUUUGCUGUACAAGUUCAAAUUUUCUUGAGGAAAAUUAUCUAAAAUAAUAAAAUAAUCUGAUCU